AGGUGCAUCAGCACACUAUAAAAACUUGUCCUAGUGCAUUUGAUGUUAAUAACUCACUUGCUUAGUAAGCUCUCUUACAGAUUUUUUCGCUAUAGAGUUUUCUUUUUUUCUUUUCAUCAUUAAGUAUCUUUAUGCAGCUGAUGUCCAUAAACCAUCACAUUUAAUCUGGCAGCUGCCCUGUUUUUGAGGUUUUCUUUGUAUUUAUCUUUCUUUGGUAAAUGAAAGCUCUCAUCUUUGUUUACAGGACAGAAAAACUGAAAAAGACACAGACUCUUCCACUUACUGGAUGUUUGACAAAAUGAUCUUUUGGGGCCAAAACAUUGGCAUUACUGGUAAACUUGGGACUGUUGACAUUUACAGUUGUGGCCAUAGAAUUCUCUUUGGAGGAGUAGCAGUGCCUGGACACUGCACAGCAGAAUUUAUAGAGGAAUGGGAUGAAAACCUGGCCUUCCUGGGUAUUGCUGUCUCUAAGCCCGACCUGAUCACCUCUCUGGAGCAAGGAAAAGAGUCCUGGAAUAUGAAGUGACAUGAGAUGGUGGAUGAACCCCCAGGUAGGUGAGAGUGAAUACAACAGAUGACAUGGAUGAGGGGUCCAAGUCAAGAAGAAAGCAAGUCCUUAAAGUGAUUUGGGAAGCUGUGUUCAAAAGGAAAUAGUUUCUGGAAAGCCUGAAAAUUUUUAAAAAUUAUACUCUCACAUAGGGGCAUCUUCUGUCUUAUGUUUAUAAAAUUUCUAAGAAUUCUAAUUUCCUUUCAAUGUUCUUCUUUCAAAUUUACAGUGACAGCUAAAGUACUGUUCGUGACAUACAAAAAGAGUGUACAAUCUGACUUUUUUUUUCCUUGUUUAUGUGGACAGAGAGAUAUCUCCAUAAUUUUGAGAUACUCUAUGUUAAACUAUUUUUAAGUUCUCUUUUUACAUCACGUCUGAAAUGCAUGAGUGGUGGUGGUUUCUGUUUCAUUGGUUUUCUUGUUCAUUUUUUCUGCACAUUUCAUCCUGUUUUCAUUACCAUAGUUUUGAAAUAUAGUUUGAAAUUAUAAAGUAUGAUGUCUUUCUGCUUUGUUCUUUUUUCUUAAGAUUGCUUUGGCUAUUCAAAGUUUAUUGUAGUUUCAUGUAUAUUUUAGGAUUGUGUUUUUCAUUACUGUGAAAAAAAAAACACUGGAAUUAUGACAGGGAGUUUAUUGAAUCUAGAGAUCACUUUGGAUAAUAUAGCUGUUUCACAAUACUUAUUCUUUCAGUAGAAAUAUUUUUAAAUUUA